GGAUUUCUUGCACCACAAAAUGACCUAAGCUGUUAUUAAGAAGCUUUAUUGGGUGAGAUGAAUUAGACAGAAGAUUCUGUUGGAGGAAAUCCUGUCUAUAGUUCUCAGAUGCUCCACAUCCCCACUGGCUUUUCCCCAUUCAUAUCUCUGGAGUGCUGAGUACCGGUGUCUCUGCUCAGCCUCGAACAGCUGAGUAAAAUUAAGCAAUAUUUUUUCAUUACAGCCAUGCUGCUAUGGUUGCUGUCAAGCUGAAAUUGAAGCAAUUUAGAAGCUAACUUUUGCAGACUGAAAAAUACCGAGACCACACACACAAAAAAAAGAAGUUUUGCAACUGAAGAGAUAGUCGGAAGUUUGAUUUUUUUUGCUUAGAUGAGAAACAAAUAAAAGAAUCUUCUUCGACACCUGUUGAUGGUACAGCUGCUGAUUUUUAAUAUUCAGACUGCAAGCUGCUUAUUUCCGCAUCUGUUCGAGCAGUAUACAGUGGCCACCAAACAUCACGUUCAUGUAGAAUACAUCUGAAUGGAUUUUAACAGAGCAUUUUCCAUCAACGCGCAAGCUUCAUGGAGUUAUACCUGAAAAUAAGCUUCCUCUUGUCCCAGUUGUGGGGAGUGCAUGUAGACAGAACCUUGCGUGUUAAGCCAAACUUUUAUGACUCACUCUAGAAACGACUACCCAGUAUCACAAGUGUCAUUUUGGUAUUGAUCCUACCUUCAUCAGCACCAGCCUUCAUCUAGAACAGAGGCAGAGCUGUGCAGUUAUUACUAUGCAGUGUGGAUUCUUUUUUGUGGUGAUCAUUUUAAACUCCAUGGAUUACACCGGCGGCCAUGUCUUGAAAGAAAGGAGGCAAAGGCGAAUAAGCACGGAGGUUACUCCAGUUUGUCCAAAAGGGUGUGAGCUAUGUUCGGAGUACAAUGGAUGUUUAAAGUGUUUGCCUAAAUUGUUCAUCCUUCUGGAAAGGAAUGACAUUAGGCAGAUUGGCAUUUGCUUGCCAUCAUGCCCACCUGGACACUUUGGCGUUCGGACGCCAGAAAUGAACAAAUGUACCAAAUGCAAAAUUGAGAACUGUGAGGCCUGCUUUAGCAGAAACUUUUGUACUAAAUGUAAAGACAAUCUGUACCUGCAUCGAGGGAAAUGUUAUGACAGCUGUCCAGAGGGGUUUGCAGCCAUAAAUGGCACCAUGGAGUGUAGCCAUGCUGCUCCCUGUGAGCUGAGUGAGUGGAGCGCCUGGGGUCCGUGUUCCAAGAGAGAGAAGUUAUGUGGAUUCAAAAGGGGCACUGAAACGAGGACCAGGCAAGUUCUCCAGAAGCCUGCAUCAGAAGAUGUGACGUGCCCCCCAGUCAGAGAGAGCAGAAGUUGCACGGUGCAGCGAAAGCCAUGCUCAAAUGGACAAGGAAAAGGCAACAGAAGAAGAGAAAAGCAGAAAGGAGGAAGGAAAGGCAAAGCACGGAACAAAGAAGGCGGCAACAGGCAAAGCAAGAAAGACAAGUCCGGGAAUAAAAAAAAGAAAGGGCAGCAGGGGAAGACGCUUCCUGCAACAACCCCCAGCACCAGUCAAUAACAGCCUUACUUCAACGCAGACACUUUAACGCUGAUGCCUAUAAGUCAGCUUUCUGACCUGCCGCACUGCUGCAGAAAGACAUAACUACAAGGCUCAUGCUUCCCUAACUGUUUCAGAAAAGAAGUGACUUUUUUUUUUGUUUUGAGGACUUAAAUAUUGCAACCCCAUUGCACCUGGCUUCAGUGUAUAUCUGAAAAUGGAAUGAAAUGGGAAUUAAAUAAUUCAGUGGACACAAUCUUUCAGAGGACUGUGUUAGGAACCUUCAUCGAAGCAAUGACUGAAUAUUGUAGAGCAGACCGGCUGCAAAACUAAUGGAAACAACUGUUCUGGGGAGGGAAGAAAUGACUGACAGAAUAGCUUCUGAAAAUGUGCAAAGAUUUUGGCACCAAUUUUGGGCAGUUGGUCACUGUGUUGAAUGAAAGCUGUAAACCUAAUUCCCUGACAGAAUAUUAGAAUGAUGCAUCAUUAAACUGCUUUAAAAUAUAUUUCAAAUUAAAAUAAGGCAAUAAAACAUAUAACAAUUUAAAAAGGAUCAA